CAACUGAAAGGCGCACAACACAAAAAAAAAACACAACAGAAACAAAUUUACGACGACUCCAAAUCGGACGCUGUCGCCACAUUCCAUGACCGGCAUGCUGAAAGCGCUUUGAUGGUUUUUGCAUACAAAUGACGAAUUAUGAGAAUCUUAUAAAUUUGCCAUUAAAUUUUAAUGCAAAUAAUCAUGCAAAUAAUAUUGAAAACAAUGGCAAAAUUGCUAUUGGCGAGCAUAUAUUGAAUAAGAUGUCGCAGCGGGAUUUCUCCGAGAACGAACCGGAAUGCACGCCGGAGCUGCCCGCCGCGAAUCGCGCGCUCUUCUUGGAGAAGGUGCGACAAUCAAAUGCUGCGUGCCAGAGCGGUGAUUUUGCCACCGCUGUGCUGCUCUAUACGGACGCACUGCAGCUGGAUCCGGGCAAUCAUAUACUUUACAGCAAUCGAUCGGCGGCACGGCUCAAGCAAGGCCAGUUUUCGGCGGCUCUACAGGAUGCGACCCAAGCACGUGAACUGUGUCCGCAGUGGCCAAAGGCCUACUUUCGGCAAGGUGUCGCACUACAGUGCCUGGGCCGAUAUGGUGAGGCGUUGGCCUCCUUUGCCGCCGGUCUCGCCCAGGAGCCGAGUCAUAAACAGCUGCUCGCCGGCCUCGUUGAGGCGUCUCUCAAGAGUCCGCUCCGCGCUGCAUUGGAGCCGACGUUGCAACAGUUGCGGGCAAUGCAGCUUCACGAAUCGCCCUUUGUGGUUAGCUCGGUGGUUGGCCAAGAGCUGCUCCAGGCGACACAAUACCAGGCAGCUGUCGCCGUUCUCGAGGCCGCGCUGCGCAUUGGCAGCUGUUCGCUCAAGCUUCGCGGUUCGGUAUUCAGUGCGUUGAGCUCGGCGCAUUGGGCGCUCAACCAGCUGGACCAGGCCAUUGGCUAUAUGCAACAGGAUCUGGCCGUGGCCAAGUCACUGGGCGACACGGCUGGCGAGUGUCGGGCGCAUGGCAAUCUUGGCUCCGCCUAUUUCAGUCAGGGUGCCUACAAGGAGGCAUUGACAGCGCAUCGCUACCAACUGGUGCUCGCCAUGAAAUGCAAGGAUACCCAGGCGGCUGCCUCCGCACUGACAUCGCUGGGCCAUGUGUACACGGCCAGCGGUGAUUAUCCGAAUGCUCUCGCCUCGCACAAACAGUGCGUGCAGCUGUUCAAGCAGCUCGGCGAUCGUCUGCAGGAGGCACGCGAAAUUGGCAAUGUGGGCGCCGUCUAUUUGGCACUGGGCGAAUGCGAGGCGGCCCUCGAUUGCCAUACGCAGCAUCUGCGGCUCGCACGCAAGCUGCACGAUCAGGUGGAGGAGGCGCGAGCCUAUUCGAAUCUCGGCUCAGCGCAUCACCAGCGCAGGCAGUUCGGACAGGCAGCCGCAUGUCACGAGCAGGUGCUGCGGAUUGCCCAAACGCUGGGCGAUCGGAGCAUUGAGGCGCGUGCCUAUGCCGGAUUGGGUCAUGCGGCACGUUGUGCAGGCGAUGCAGCCGCCUCCAAACGGUGGCAUGAACGCCAACUGGCGAUGGCGUUGGCUGCCCGCGACAAACUGGGCGAGGGCAGGGCCUGCUCCAAUUUGGGCAUUGUCUAUCAGCUGCUGGGCGCACACGAUGCGGCCCUCAAGCUGCAUCAGGCGCACUUGGGCAUUGCCCGCGCUCUGGGCGAUCGGGCGGGCAUGGGUCGUGCCUAUGGCAAUAUGGGUAAUGCCCAUGCCGCUGCCGGUGCGUAUGAGGCAGCCGUCAAAUAUCACAAACAGGAGCUGGCCAUCAGUCAGGCGGUGAAUGAUCGCAGUGCCGAGGCAGCCACACACGGUAAUCUGGCUGUCGCAUAUCAGGCGCUGGGCGCCCAUGAUGCGGCACUGGCGCACUAUCGUGCCCAUCUGGCCACAGCCAGAUCGCUGAAGGAUGCGGCGGGUGAAGCUUGCGCCCUGCUCAAUCUGGGCAACUGUUUGAGUGCUCGCCAGCUAUAUGGGGAGGCAGUGCCUCACUAUGAGAGCUAUCUAAUGCUCGCCCAGGAGCUGGGCGAUGUUGCUGCCGAAGGCAAGGCGUGUCAUCUGCUCGGCUAUGCACACUAUUGCCUCGGCAAUUAUCGGGCAGCGGUGCGUUACUAUGAUCAGGAUCUGGCAUUGGCCAAGGAUGCACAACAUCGACCGCAUAUGGGACGAGCCUAUUGCAAUCUGGGCUUGGCCCAUCUGGCGCUGGGACACUCAGCAGCGGCGCUCGAAUGCCAGCAGCUGUUCCUAGCGGUUGCCCACGCGACCGGACAGUUGCCGGCCAAAUUUCGGGCAUUGGGCAACAUUGGUGACAUUCUCAUCCGCACCGGAGCGCAUGAAGAGGCCAUUAAGCUGUAUCAGCGUCAACUGGGACUGGCCCGUGCUGCCGGAGAGCGUGCCAUGGAGGCGGCUGCGUGCGGUGCUCUGGGAUUGGCGCAUCGCCUGCUCCGGCGCUGGGAUAAGGCGCUGGGACAUCACACUCAGGAGUUGACGCUACGCCAGGAGCUGGGCGAUCUGUCUGGCGAGUGUCGUGCACAUGGCCAUCUGGGUGCCGUUCACAUGGCACUGUGCAGCUGGACGCAUGCGGUCAAGUGCUAUCAGGAGCAACUGGAGCGAGCCCAGGAGCAGCGGGAUGAGGCUGUCGAGGCGCAGGCGCAUGGCAAUCUCGGCAUUGCCCGACUGAAUAUGGCACACUAUGAGGCAGCCAUCGGGUGUCUGGAGGCGCAGUUGGGCACACUGGAGCGUGUGUCGCUGCCAUCGACGCCAGCGGAUCGGGCACGUGCACUGGGUCAUCUUGGUGAUUGCUACGCGGCUUUGGGUGACUAUGAGGAGGCGCUCAAGUGUCAUGAGCGUCAACUGCAGCUGGCGUUGGGCCUAGCCAGCCAUCGGGAUCAGGAGCGUGCCUAUCGCGGAUUGGGCCAAGCACGUCGUGCUCUCGGCCAGCUGGCAACGGCUCUGGUCUGCCUGGAGAAGCGUCUGGUCGUCGCCCACGAGCUGCACAGCGCCGAGGUGAAGGCUCUAGCCUACGGUGAUCUGGGACAUGUCCAUGCUGCAUUGGGGAAUCAUGCCCAGGCACUCAAUUGUCUCGAGCAUCAGCGCGAGCUGGCACGAGGCCUACAGGAUCGCGCCCUCGAAUCGGAUGCGAUGUGUGCGCUCGGCCAGGUGCAGCAGCGGAUGGGCCACUAUGCGGACGCACUGCAGCUGCACGAACAGGAUCUACAGCUGUGCACAGAGCUGGCGGCGCCCGGCUUACAGGCACGAGCCGUUGGCAAUCUGGGCGCCGUGCAUGAGGCACUGUAUCAGCAGCAGGAGGCGCUCAAGUGCUACGAACGCCAGCUCGCACUCAGCACAGAUCGGCUCGGCAAGGCGCUGGCCUGUGGGGCAUUGGGACGCGUCCACCAUCAGCUUGAGCAGCACGCCCAGGCCGUCGAGUAUCUGAGACAGGGUCUAACCAGUGCUCAGUCAAUUGGCAAGUCGGAGGAGGAGGCAAAGAUAAGACAUCAACUGGGUCUUGCUCUGCGCUCCUCUGGCGACGCUGAGGGCGCUCGCAUUCAACUGGAAACAGCUGCCCAGCUGCUGGAAUCGGUGCGUCAGGAACAGCGCAGUCCAGAGGCACGGCUGGCUCUCUACGAGCUGCAGACGAGCUGUUAUCAUAUGCUGCAGCAGCUACUCGUCGCCCUGCAGCGCAAUGAGGAUGCUCUUGUUGCCGCCGAACGUUGCAAGGCGCGCUGUGGCGCGGAUGCAUUUAUCAAUGAUGCAAAGGCCGCAACAACAGCAACAACAAUAAGCGCCGCAAUAACAACAACAACAACAUCAUCAACAGCUGCUGCAGCAACCGCUGCGAGCACGAGUUUGACAGACAUUGAGGCCAUAUUGGAGGCAGUGAACCGGGGCAGAAUGCCAGUGCUCUACUACAGCCUGGCCGGGGAGCAACUCUACGCUUGGCUGCUGCAGCCGCAGGCGGGCAUUGUGCGCUUCCAUGCGGCACGCAUCGAUCCACAAACGCUCCAGUUGCCCCUCUCGCUCAGCGAGUGCCACGAGGAGGAUGAACAGGAGGAAGAGGAGCAGCAGCAGCAGCAGCAGCAGCAAGGGCCGGACAACGAACAAAAUGAUCAUCAGCUGCAGCAGCAACCACAUCAGCCCAACCGACCAGCAGAUGGUCAACUGCUGCUGGAGCGCUACGUGAAUAUGGUGCGCGACAAUCUUGGCGUCAACUCACACAAUCUACUCCAUGAGGGUGAUGGCAGUGGUUGGCGUGCCAGCAGUGAACAAUUGUUGGAGGAUCUACCUGGCGCUGGUGCCGGCGGCGGUGGAUUUUUGCGCAUGGUCAGCCGAAAUCAGUUGCUCAACUCGUCGAACUAUUCGCUCAGCUCGCUCUUCUCGCUGGGAUCCGUUGCCUCGCUGCAAGGAUCUACCCGAUCCGUUGGCAGCCGCAGUUCACGCCGGGCACCCGCACCACCCGCAUGGCGCGGACCCGCCUGCCUGCAUACUCUCUACAAUCUGCUGUUGGCGCCGUUCGAUGAUUUGCUGCCGAGCGUCGCCAGUGUCUCCCGUCAGGGCAGGCGAGAACUGAUCCUGGUGCUCGAUAGCGCCCUCUAUCUGGUGCCGUUUGCCAUAUUGCGUGCAGCUGGCGACGAUGGCGAGUAUCUGUCGGAGCGUUGUGCUCUGUUGACGGCGCCAUCAUUGCAGGCGUUGCGUGGACGCUCCAGAAGCCGGCGGGAUCGUGGACGGCCGCCAACGGCUUUGGUUGUGGGCGGACCACGUGUGCCCGCUGCUCUUGCCGAGCGCUGGGGCUGGGCCGGCGCUGAGUCGCCGGCAGCGCUGCAGGAGGCUGCCAUGGUGGCGGAUAUGCUACAAGCGAAUGCUUUGGCCGGCUGCAAUGCCACCAAAGAGUCCGUGCUGGCCGAGCUGCCGGGCGCCGAAUGUGUCCACUUUGCCGCCAAUCUCAGCUGGAAACUGGGUGCCGUGGUGCUCAGUCCCGGGGAUGUCGUCACCGCCGAGCAGCAGCAACAAAAGGAACCACACGAGCCGCAGCUCGCCGACUUUACGCUCGCAGCAGCGGAGCUGCGUCAGUUGCGUCUGGGCGCACGCCUGGUCGUCCUCAGCUCCUAUCAAUCUGUGGAACCGAUAACUGGCUCGGGAGUUGCCCAACUGGCCGGUGGCUGGCUAUUAGCCGGCGCCGGUGCUGUUCUAAUCUCACUUUGGCCCGUACCCGAAACUGCCGCAAAAAUCCUGUUGCGCGCCUUCUACUCGGCCCUGCUUCAAGGUGCACGAGCCGCUCGCGCCUUGGCGGAGGCCAUGCAGACCGUGCAGCAUACGAAGCACUUUGCCCAUCCGGCCAACUGGGCCGGAUUCCUGUUGGUGGGUGCCAAUGUACGCCUCUCCAACAAGGUGGCACUGUUGGGCCAUGCGUUGUGCGAGUUGCUGCGUACGCCAGAGCGUUGCCGGGAUGCGUUACGCGUGUGCCUGCAUUUGGUGGAGAAGAGUCUGCAACGGAUACAUCGCGGGCAGAAGAACGCCAUGUACACAACGCAGCAGAGUAUUGAGAACAAGGCCGGACCUGUGGCCGGUUGGAAGGAUCUGCUGAUGGCUGUGGGCUUUCGGUUUGAGCCCGCUGCCAAUGGUAUACCGUCGAGUGUGUUCUUUCCUCAAACGGAUCCCGAGGAGCGACUGUCGCAGUGCUCGGCCAGCCUGCAGGCUCUCCUCGCACUGACGCCCGCCACGCUGCAAGCGCUGGCCAAGCUGGUGAACAGUGCUGAGCAUGCAGAUGAUAUAAUUGCCGUGGUGCGCAACAUAUUGGCACAGUUCCCAGCCAAACCGGAAGCCGAGGCAUGCAUCGAGAUGCCGUUGAGUGUCCGCUUGUGGCGCGUUCCUGGCUGUCACGAGCUGCUCGCCUCCGUUGGCUUCGAUCUGACCGAGGUGGGUGCGGAUCAGGUGGUUCUACGCACCGGCAAGCAAGCGAAUCGUCGUCACUGCCAGUUUGUGCUGCAGGCUCUACUCGCUCUCUUUGACACACACGAGGCACCCAAGAGUCUGAGCCUGGACUCGGCGGCACACAGCAGCAGCAGCUGCGAGUCCCUCACCGACCCGGACCUGGAUGCGACAGCCACACAACCAGUUGGCAAUAGCAACAGCAGCAGCUGCGGCGCAGCAGUUGCCACUGUUGGGGGCAAUUCCACACAGUCGCCGCUGCCGCUGCAUCCGCGCAGCGCUUUCAUCUCGUACGUUCGUCGCCGCGGCGAACCCGAUGGAGGUGGCGGCCUGGACUCGAGUCUGGCCAACACCACCGAUAGCGAGCACUCGCUGUCCGAUGGCUAUGCAACGCAGGCGGGCAGCAGCCAGCCCGCUCCACGUCUCGGCUAUGCCAGCUUGCGUGGACCCGUGCGCGUCUCACGACCCGGUGGCGGCGGGGAGAGUGAUGCGGCAUUCACGCCCAGUCCACCGGUGACAGAUCCCAGCCUGUCGUUGGCUCUGGCGCAUCAGACGCGCAUACGUUGCCUCUACGCGCAGCCAGGUGCGGCAGCGUCUUCUUCAUCAUCAGCGACACAGCCGCCGCAGGUGAACACAAACCGCCGACCGGAUAGCUCCAGUUCGGCCAGCAGCACGACAACCGAUUGGGAGGGCUCCGGUCAUGCGACUGUGUUGCGACGUGGCGCUGCAGCCGGCGCUCAACAGCAGCAACACCUACAGCAGAAACUGCAACAGCAGUUGCAGCACCAGCAACAUCUACAGCAACAACAACAACAGCAGCAGCAGCAGCCGCCUCUCCCGCCACCUCGUCCCGGCGUCUAUCACAAUUUGGGACGUAGCAAGCCGAAGAUUAAGCUGGGCAGUGCACAGAGCUCGCUGGCGGCGCGUGUAAACAAGGAGCAUGCCCUGUUCAUGGAUCGAUUGAGUGUGCGCACGGAGCUGAAUGCGCCAGCAGUUAGCGGUGCAACGUCUGGAGGAACAUCAGGAGCCAAUGUGGUGGGCAGCAGCGGUGGGCGGGGCAAGGCAGCGCUCGCUCUGACCGAUGAGGAGGUGGCCUACAAUCCGGCCAGCCUCUAUUUCUCGCCGGCAGACAAUGAGGGUCUGCUGGGAUGCGAUUCCAAGCAGGAGCCGGAGGCGCCCGUGAAGCCGAGUGCCAAGUGCAUACAGGAUAGCAUAAUGCGGCACAUGAACCGUGAGCUGACGCCAAGCAUAUCGGAGCUGUAUCAUGAGCGCAGUUUGGGUCUGGGUCUGGCGCCGCCGCUCUCCAAGCUGCUGCUCAGCCCCAACUAUGAAGAGCAGGAGGUGGCCGCCACUCUAAACGAUAGCAGCGUCCAAUCGGCCAGCAAUGCGGCCGCAAUUAAGACACUAGUAGAUGCCGUUAACGAGUUGGAACUAAGCGGCAGUUCCUCCGGUGCCACCAUACCAACUGUUGUCGGUGGCGAGCGAGUCGAGGAGUCGAGUGCCGUCUCCGGCGCCGUUGAUAGCGUGCUGCCGAGCUGCUCGAUUUGCGGCGAGCAAGGAGACGUCGUCUGCCGCUGCAAGGCGGCCACCAUGCAAAAGAAGGCCACAUUGAAGCCCUGGCUGAGCAAUGUGCCAGCCAGCAGUCUGGUGCAGGCCAGCGAGCUGACCACCGCCGAUAUACUGGAGCGAAGACUCGAGACGGUUGUGCCUGGUAGUGCACCCUUUGCCGCCGAGCUCUGUCGUCGCGACGAGGGCGAUGGUCGCUCUGUCGCUGACUCACAAUGCAGCAGCAACUAUAAGCGGGUGCUUGCCACAGCUGGUGCCGUUAGUCUGGUCGUUGGCAUCGCGGCCGGGGAGGCGGAAGCGCAGGGAGUUGCCACAUCGGGUGCCACCUGCUCGUCUGCUCGCCUCGUCUAAUGAUAUUAGCAUAGAGGAUAGGGAAUUAACGAUAGAAAUUGAUAUUAUAUAUUUGUAGAUUGUACGUUUUAGGCUUUUAAUCGGAGACACCCUGUACUGAUCAUCCUAGCAUUAGAAUUAUAUGCAUUUUAUUUAUUUAUUUAUACAUUUAUUACUUAUACAAUAAACUUUCAAUUAAGCACACAUACAUAUACAUACACAUAUACAUAUACAUAUACAC